CCUUGACCUUUGACCCUCCGGCCGCCCUUGAGCUCGGGCUGGGGGCCUGGAAGCCAAAGCCCGUGCUCCCGAGGCAGAGCGGCCGCCAUGGCCAAGUACCUGGCCCAGAUCAUUGUGAUGGGGGUACAGGUGGUGGGCAGGGCCUUUGCCCGGGCCCUGCGCCAGGAGUUUGCAGCCAGCCGGGCCGCAGCUGAUGCCCGGGGACGUGCUGGACACCAGUCUGCAGCUGCCUCUAACCUCUCUGGCCUCAGUCUCCAGGAGGCACAGCAGAUCCUCAAUGUCUCCAAGCUGAACCCCAAGGAAAUCCAGAAGAACUACGAACACCUAUUCAAGGUGAACGAUAAAUCUGUGGGCGGCUCCUUCUACCUGCAGUCAAAGGUGGUCCGAGCGAAGGAGCGCCUUGAGGAAGAACUCCGAAUCCAGGCCCAGGAGGACAGAGAGAAAGAUCAGAGGCCCCAAACGUGACCACUUGGCUCUUCCCACCCCACUCUGCCCGCCACCUCUAAUUUAUAGUUCGGUAAUAAAUGUCUUUUCCACAUUUCUCAAGUGUGCACAU